ACGAAGGCGGAAGUAAUCACAGUGAUGUCUGUAUACGUUUAGACAUUUAAACUGUAACUACAUACAGUGGAUUUCAUUUACAAUAAUUUAUCAUUUUUUCAGCUGUUUACGUUUUGAGCCGCUGCUUUUUGUAAUCGGAUACAACAAUGGAGGAAACAAACCCGGAGUCUGUGAUGUCACCAUUAGGACAAGCCACAGGCAAAUCCAAGUUGGAUACACUGUCCAAAGAAGACCUGAUCAAAUUUGCCAAGAAACAGAUGGUGGCAAUGCAGAAGAUGAAAUCAAAAUGUGCAGAUUUGGAGAAGGAAGUUGCAGUGUUUAAACUUGCUCCACAAGCUCCUUCAGAUGACUCCAUUAUCCAGGAGCUGACUGAGAGAAUGGACGCCGUACUGCUGGAGAAAGCUGAGACUCAACAAAGUCUGAUGUUACUGCGCAAAGAACAUGAGGAGCUCAAGAAACAAGCACAGGACACAAUCGAAAGUUUAGCAGCUCUUAAGGCACAACUGGAAACAAAAAAUAAGGAGUGUGCAGAAAUGCAGAAGCACACGACUGAACUCACUGCAACCUUUGAGGCCACAUGUCAUGAUUAUCAGUCCAAGAUAUCUCAAAUUCAAAAAGAGCUAGAAGAAGCCAAAUAUCAAUUGACAACUGAGAUCGAAACCCUCAAAGAUUCUCACCAGAGCAGUCUCACAGAAUCCCAGCAGGAGAUUGAGAAUCUACAGCAGGAAAUGGAAAGGCUGAGCAAACAGUAUGAAGAUGAUGUCCGAGACCUGGAGGAGCAGCUGGAGUUGAAUGCAGCGGCCUUCGAAAGGGAGAGAGAGCGACUACUUUUGCUUCAGGAAGAGCUUACAGAGCAGCUGUCAUUGAAGGAGGGUUUCCUCCAGGAUGUUCAAGAGGAAGAAGAGGACGCUAGUAGAGCGGGGGCUCUGAAAGAUUCAGGAAGUUCAAACAUAUCCGACUUCCCAGCAUCAGAUGACUCUAGCGAUGAAGCUGGUAUGCUAAAGAUGGCACUGGAAGAUCUACAGUCUCAUAACGUCAUGCUUCAGGAGGAGCUUACGUUUCUUAGAAAUGUGAAAUUGGAGCUGGAGUCUGAGCUGAAGCAGGUGAGAGAUGAGUUCUCAUUGGAAAAGGAUGAUCUAGAGUUCAGAAUUAAUGAGCUUCAAAUGAACAAAGAUGAUGGUGAUACGUCUGUGGACAAGAGUGGAAAAAGAUACAGUAUAUCUGAAGUACAGCAUUAUCAAGAAGUCCAGACCUUUGAAGAACCAAAGGAAUCAGAAGCCUGCCUUACCUCCAGUGCUGAAACACAAACAGAAGAAGACAUUCCUCAUGUCGACAACCUGCAAAACAGAUGCAGACCUCCAGCUGAAGUGUUUAAGCAUACAAAGAACAUACAAACAAAUGAGGAAAUGGAUUUACAAGACAUAACAGAACAGUUCAUAAAGCAGUAUAAAACCAUGAAGGAACAAACCACAGUUUCUGUUGAGGCUCUGCAGGAGAAACUUCAAAAUGUCUUCCAGCAGAGGGACGAUUUGUUGGAACAACUUCUAAAAGCUGAAGAAACAGUGGAACCAGUAGAGCAAAAGAUGUCAUUUGAGGACCUAAAGAAGGAAAAUAAAGAAAUUCUGGUGCACCUGCAACACAAGGAGGCUCUUAUCCUAGAGUUUAUGGAGAUACUCAAAUUCGUGGAUAAGACACAUGAGGAAUCCAAAAGUGAACAUGUGGACAAUGCACUGUUGUUGAUAACUGCAGAAAAGGAUGAGCAAAUAAAGACGCUUAAGGAGGAGGUCUCUUUUUUUCAAACCAGAGAGGAAGAGUGCCAAGAGAACAACAGACUUCUCAAAUUCCAAAUCUUGUCUUUGUCGGAAGAGAGGGACACCCUACAGAACAAUAUGGAUGCUUGUCGAGAACAACUUUCUGAAAUACUCGAGCAGAAUUUCUCUAAGACUGAGGCUCAUGGGACAGCUGAUAUCUUGACUUUAAUCAACCAUCUCUUGACUAAAGCUCAGGAGGAGAAAGCAAUCUUAAUCCGACAGUUUGAUGAAAGGGUUGAGCAGUUUACAGUGGAGUUGGAGAGUGUGAGGCAGUUGGGUGAGGAGCAGAGUGCUGAGCUGCAGGCACACAUUGAUGACCUCAACCGAGAGAAGGACCUGCUGAAGACCAAUUUGGGUGAUGUGGUUUUAGAUACUGAGGGAUUGCAGAAGGACCUGAGUGAAAUGCAGGUCAUGAAUGAAAAGCUCGGUGUUGAAAACCAGGGCCUUAUCAAUCAGGUGGCUGACUUAAGCAGGAGCCUUAAUGAAAAGCUCGGUGUUGAAAACCAGGGCCUUAUCAAUCAGGUGGCUGACUUAAGCAGGAGCCUUGAAGAAAAACAACAGGAAGAAAAAUGUAGGUCAGAAGAAAUUGAUGCACUAGCUGAUGAGAUGAAGGAACUGCAGCAGAGAAUUUCUGAUAGAGAUGCACUCAUAUCACAGCUAAAGGAUGAAAUUGGACUCUUGCAGAUGAGCAAAGAGUCACCAGUCUCUAAAGAAAAUGACAAUAUGAAAGACUUAUCUGAUAAAAUAGAAAUCCUGGAGAAGGAAAGCAAAGAUAAAGAUGAACGCAUGAAUAAAAUCAAAGCUGUUGCUGUGAAAGCUAAAAAAGAGCUGGACAACAGCAAGAAAGAGGUUGUCACUCUGAGAGAGGAAGUGGAUAUGCUGAAGGCUGAUCGCGACAAAUUAUCCAGAUCCAUGAAGGAUAUCAUCCAUGGUGCUGAAGACUAUAAGAAUUUGAUGGUGGAUUAUGACAAGCAGACAGAGUUGCUGGAUAAAGAGAAAGAGAAGCUAGAACAGGUGGAGAAACACAAUGAAGAUUUAACCAAACGUCUGCAAAAUGCAAUUCAACAGCAUGAGCUGUUGUCGUCUGAGCGAGAGGAUCUGACGGCUCGUCUUGAGAUGCUGCAGAGUAACGUCACACAGCUGGAGUCACAGAUAGUGGACAUGCAGAGGGUUAAAUGUGGGCUGGAGAAGGAGCUUGAGGCAGAGAAGCUUUUAAGAGAGCAGAAGUUUAAGGAGCAUCAGUGUGUUGUGAGGGAGAUGGAGGAGCUUCAAGCUCAGCUCAGCAAACACAAACAUCAGCUACAACAAACCGCUCAAGAACUCGAGCAGCUCAGAAAGGACGCUCAGCAGAACUCAUUAAUGGACAUGGAGAUGGCAGACUAUGAAAAACUGGUGAAGGAACUCAAUCACAAACUCAGUGAGAGAGACAGACAGAUUGAAGAGCAUCAGACUCAAGCUCAAACACACAAGCAGCGAGAGCAGCGACUCAAUGAGGAGAUCGAGUCUCUGAAGUCACUGGUGGAUCAGACAGAAGAUAAAGCCUCCAGGAUGAAACAACUGCUGAUCAAAACGAAAAAAGAUCUGGGAGACGCAAAGCAAAAAGAAGCAGCUCAGAUGAUCACACAGGCUUCACUGAGAGGAGAACUAGAGGCCCAUCAACAACAGCUGGAGGAGUAUAAGAUCCAGUGCAGCGAGUUAACUGCAGAGAGACACAGACUGCAGGAGCAACUGAAGAUAAUAAAUGAUCAACAACAGAGAGUGUCCAGCUCAUAUCAGCUCUCGCUCAACACACUACAGGACGAGUGUAACAAUGCUAAGGCUGAUCUGGCAGCGACAGUCUCAGAGUUCGAGAGUUAUAAAGUGCGAGUUCACAAUGUCCUCAAGCAACAGAAACACAAGAGCUCAAAUCAAACUGAUGGAGAUGCUGUCAAAUCAGAGAGAGAGCACAUAGAGGCUGUGAUGCAACAGUUGCACACUCGGCUGCAGGAGACGCAGCACAAUCUUCAGUCGAGCACUGCAGAACUGCAGCAGCUGCACACUGAACACGACAUGCUGCUGGAGAGACACAACAAGUUCCUGCAGGAAACCGUCAGUAAAGAGGCAGAACUCCGAGAGAGACUGCUGUCACUGCAAUCAGAGAAUGUAGCGCUGAAGUCUGAGCACGGCCAGUGCAUGUCUCAGCUGACCGCUCGGACUGAAGCUCUCCGCAGCAGCUUUCGUGAGCAAACGCGCCACCUACAGGACGAACACUGCAGCACUGUCGAGACGCUGCAACAACAGAUCAACAGACUGGAGGCACAGCUCUACCAACUGCAGAGAGAGACCAGCAACACCGCUCCAGUUCUUGUGCAGCAACACAGGAAGUCUCAGUCAGACAGGAAGUUGGCUGAAGUUCCUCAGUUUGAUCUUCAGGGCACGGCUCGAGAGGAGGGCGAGGGGAUGGAGACUACGGAGAUCGAGUCUGUGUCCAGCCCUGGAACUUCACUGGCCUCUCUAGAGCAGCUCCUCUCAUCACCUGACCUCAAACACGAGCCUGUUGUUUGGCAAGUGGAGCCCAGUAAAGAGGAGCUGAUUCAGAAACUCAACACUGCCACCCGCAGUAUGGAGCAUUUAAACAGUCUACUGCAUGAGACCGAGGCUACCAAUGCUGUACUGAUGGAGCAGAUCACUCUGUUGAAGAGUGAGCUGCGGCGUCUGGAGCGUAAUCAGGAGCGUGAGAAAUCUGUGGCCAAUCUGGAGUACCUGAAGAACGUGCUGUUGCAGUUUAUCUUCCUGCGCUCCGGCAGUGAGCGUCAGGCACUGCUUCCUGUCAUACACACCAUGCUUCAGCUAAGUCCAGAGGAGAAGAGCAAACUCGCUGCUAUCGCACAAGGUGAGGAGGAGUCGUCUGCAGGCUCAAGAGGGUCAGGGUGGACAUCAUAUCUGCACAGCUGGUCAGGAAUCAGAUGAAACACAUACUGACUAUAAAGCAGUGAUUUAAACAUGCAACUGAAGGAAAAGCCUCAAUCAGAGCAACAUACAUGUGGGGCUACAACUCAUACUUUUUCAUUCACACCUUAUAACAGCACAUAUCUGUAUUUUAUAUAUUUUAUUAAACCUGUUUUAACUGAUAACUGCAGUUUAUUUCUCCUUUUUCUUUUUGGAUUUUCUUUAUUUAUUGCCUUCAUUUCUGUUCUGUAUUUUGUCAGUCCUAACUGAAUAUUACUUUCAUUUGGACUACUGAUGUGCUGUGAGUUUUGCACACCAUUCUAAUUCUUUCAGUCUUUUGUUUUGUUAGUCGUGGUAAAUCUCAUGUCCAUACAUUCUUUUGUUUUUGAUUGUUUGAAUAUUAAUCAGGGGGCCAGAUCAACAUGCAUUAAUAAUGAGAUUAAUCUGUGAAUGUGUAUAUUCAGUCUGCAAUAUAUACUGUAUUAUCAAUCAACCUAUUUUAUUUACUGAAAAAUAAUAUGCCAGUAUGUAUGGAGAAUAUGAAUGUAUUGUACAUGAUUCCAAAGAUAUUUAAGAGAAACAGUAAGUUAUUGAAAUCUGCUUACAGAUCAUAUAUGUAAUAUCUUUUACUUUUGGUUAUUUGUUGUAAGGGUUUUCUUAAUAUGCGUUUAUCCUGCUAUGAAUCACUGUUUGAUUUCCUUUAAUGUAGCAUUUGUACUUGUAAAUUUAAAAGCAUUUAUUUCUUGGUUAAUGUAGGCACCAAUUUUGCAAUUGCAAAACAAAUUAAUCUCUGAAAAGUGACAUUUGAAGUACUAUGAGUUUUGAAGAAUAAACAUCACCACUUGAAGGUGUAAAUAAGAGGUGUCAAUCUUGGGACCAGUGUAGUCUGAUUCAUAAACUAAUGAUUCUUAUGACUCAGUUCAAUUUAAUCUACAGUGUGAAACUCAGUGCAACCAGUGUAGCCUGUUUCCUGAAUGAAUGACUCUUAUUAGCCAUUCUUUUAAAUGUACACCCCGAAACAUACUGUAACCAGUUUAGUCUGAUUCCUGGACGAAUUACUCGUACAGUUAGUCAGUUCUUUUGAGUCUACUGUGCUGUGAAAAAGUAUUUGCUCUACAACUAAACUUUAUAUGAUGUUUUACCUUGUGAAUUUAAUUGUUUGUUUGUUUUUUAAUGUACAGUCAUUUCAUUUCAAAUCAGUUGAUUGCAACAUGCUCCAAAAAAGUUGGAACAGUCAAGUGUUUGCCAGAUUGAAACAUCACCGUUUCUUCUAAUAGCACUUAUUAAGCAUAUAGGCACUGAAGACACAAGUUUGUUAAGUUUAAAAAGUGGAAUUUUCCCUCGUUCAUCUAUUAUGCAGGUCUUCAGCUGCACAAAUGUACAGGGUCUUUGUUGCCGUAUUGCUUCAUAAUGCACUACACAUUCUCAGUUGGAGAUGGUCAGGACUGCAGGCAGGCCAAUCUAGCACCUGCACUCUCUGCUUAUUCAGGCAGUACGUGAUUUGCCUGAUACAAUAUGCCUCAUUCAUUAAAAAGAUCAAAGCACAGUAAUUAAUGGAAUUGGAAAAGAGUAUUAAAAGUGCUGAAAUAGAGCUGAAGUGCCGAAUGACAUCCAAUGGUCUUAGAGAGUUGACUCCGCUAUAAUAUAGGUACUAUAAUACUUUGUCACAGAAGGUAGAGUUUUGCUCAUUCAGGGCAAGACAGACAUGCUUUGAGUUAGGAGACAAGGAAGGGAAACUGCUUGUCAGAUACAUAAAACAAAGAGAGUUUUUUCCACCGUUCCUUCAGUAAAGUCUUCUGGAGGCAAAAUAUUCACCUCCGCCACAGAUAUUAAUAAGGCCUAUAAAGAAUUCUAAUAUGAUCUUAUAGUUCCAUGUCUUCGUCUACCGAUAAGGAUAUUAGCAACAUGGUAGAGCCAUUAGAACUUCCUAAUUGACAAAUUAUCAAAAAUACUUUCUUGACUCUGAUAUUCCUUUGGAUGAGCUUGUUGAGGUAAUUACAGCCUUGCCUUACUCUGGGAUAGGGGCGCCCGGCAGGGUUUCCCUUUUACCCCAUUAUUGUCUGUCUUGCCCUGGAACCAUUAGCAGCCGCGAUAAGAAAGGAAGAUGACUUUCCAGGGGUGGUGGUGGGAGGUAUGGUGCAUAAACUUUUGCUUUACGCAGAUGAUAUUUUAUUAUUUGUCUCUGACACUACUAGAUCUAUGCCUUGCCUCCACAGAAUUAUUAACUCCUUUUCUAAAUUCUCAGGAUACA